GUUUGAUGGCCGAAUGGUGUUUGGUUGUCAUGGUUACAUAAGACGCAUAUUUUAGUAGUCUGUUACAAUCAUUAUUUCGGUCAUGGAAUUUGGUUUCGAUUUCUCUCCUGGGCGGAAGGCCCCACCUCGAAGAGGCAGAAGAGCAGGCACUUCUAACACUAGUAUUGGUGCAUUUCCUCCAAGUCCAGAACGAGGUGACAUUGGUUCAACUGACGACGUCACAGACAGUGCUGCACUAAACUCUGCACUUACAUCAGGUUUCCUGAAUAGUCCUGAUAAGAGUUUGGACUAUGCAGGGCCUGUUGCUCCUCCGAGAUCAAGGAAAACUGGAGGUUGGGCUGAUGAAGCCAUUAAAUCCGGAAAGAGACGAAGUGCCAGCAACUUAAUUGAACAGGAGAGAUUUAGGGGACCUGACAAAAGUAAAGGUGACUCUGAUGAUGAUGAUAUUCCCAUUAUUCCAGAAUUGGAUGACUUGCAGGAUGAGGAUCUGGCAUCUCAAAUAGCUCAUGCUCCUUCGUCCACUGUGGACCGAGUUGAUACAUACAAGGAACUUGAUUCAGAUCUGUUAAAACAUGCAGCAUUUGCAACCCUGGAUGAUGUCAGUUUGCGUCUCCUUACAAAAUGCCUGAAUCUUGAAUCAGAAGUCAAGGAGGCUGACACAGCAUGGACUUGGGAUCUUCUGUUUACAGAUGUAGCCUCUGACUUGCAUUAUGAGUGGGAGAAUCAAACACGAACUAAUUCAGACAAAGAUACAGCAUCAGAAUGAAAAGACUUUUGUAUUGUAAUUCAUCUUAAUAAAAGUUCUUAGAGGACUAUACAAACAAGGAGUAACUAAGAA